AUGUUCAUUCGUAGUGAACUCCUUGAACAAUACUGCAUAGCUCGAACUAAAUUCAAUGCAGUUAACGUGCAACAAGAAACAUUAUAUCAUAAACAACAACGAACAAUUCUUGAGAAUUCACGCACAAAUGCUUACAAAUAUUCACUCAAUCAAACACGACGAAAAUAUUCAAUAUUUAGACGUAAUGAAAAUUACCGUUCAUCUCUUCAUUCAAUUCGUCUCUCGGCAAAUAUUCGUAAAUCAUUUCAAGUCAACGAGAAAAAAGAAUUACAAUCUUCGAAUAUCUCUGAUUCAAUUAUGAUCAAUACGUUACCUCCUCGAAUCUAUUCACCAGCAUUUCAUAUUUGGUCCACGACAUCAAAACAAUCUAUAGAUAUUAAUCUUCUUCAUGAAAUUAGUUUUCUUGGACAGUAUGACAGAAAAUUUUUAGUUUGCAAACGUCUUAGCCAUUCAUUAGAUACGAAUCGAACACAAUUAAUUCUUUUCGAUCAACAUGCUGUAUCAGAACGUAUCCUACUUGAACGUCUUCAAACUCAUUUUAAACAAGAAAAUAUUCGUACAUUUCCUUUUCAUUUAUCUGAACCAGUGGUUAUUACCCGUAAUCCUCGUUUUCUCUAUACAUUCGAACAAAUAUCUCUACUUGAACGUACAGGCUUUAUUUUUUCUUCUAUAUCGACAAAUAAUCUUCUUGUUCGAGCUGUACCUAGCUGGCUUUUAUCACUCGGACAACGUCAAUCGUCAACAUGCAUUCUUGACGAUAUUAUUCAAGACACAAUCGAUAAUAUUCUUCUUCAGACGAAUAAUUAUUUGAACAAUAUCGAAUUCAUAAUAUAUGAAACACUGAAACCAUUAGCUUGUCAUAAUUCUAUUAAAUUUAAUGAUAUAUUAAGUAAAAAUGAAUGUCAACAUCUUUUGAAUGAAUUAAAGUUAUGUUCAAUGCCUUUUAUUUGUGCACAUGGACGAACUUCAGCUGCAAUUCUAUGUGAAUAUGGCACUAUGUCUGAUGACUAUCAAGUUGAUAUGACUGAAUUGAAACAGCUUGCAUCAAUUCAUAAAUGGCUUAAAGCAUCCUAA